AUUUUAACCAUAUUUUUUUUUUUUGCAAAUUUAAACCCAGUCUGUAAAUUUAAACCAGUAAAAUGACGCACAAUACAGUAAGUCUUCAAGUCUCAUUACCUCAAAUGCUUGACUUAGCACUUGGAACUCCCGAGGUAGGAUCUGUUAAUCUAAACAUUCUUCAUAAUUUUCUCCAUGUUCUACUUCAUCAAAUAAAUCUGACUAAUUCAAAAGUCGAAUACCGAGGCGAUGAUGCAACUCGACUCAAAACAAUAAUUUCGUCAUUGAAUACAGGACCAAGUGUUUAUUUACACGAGUACAGUAUCACUGAUAACGAAGGUAAUGUUACCCAACGUGACCAUACUCCUGAUACUUCAAUUCCAGCUGCUGAAAUUUAUAAAACCGAUUCUAAAAAUUCAAUUAGUAAAAGUAAACAAGACAUUACUAAUGAAGAAAAAAAUUCCGAAGCUCCAGUCAUAAAAAAAACUAAAGGGUUGAAACAAAAAAUUGGGAAGGGAAUUGAAGAUAAUUGUCAAUCAGUUAUUUUUGUUGAGCCGAUAAAAGACGGGUUAGUUCCUAGUGCGCUGGGAUUUAAAAAGUUGAAUGACACGGUUGAAAAACUUGAGCAACAAUUUAAAUCGCUCGAAGACUUGGCAACUAAUCCGGAAAUAAUUGAACGUAUCAAAACAGGUCGAGCGGAUCCUCUAAAUGAUAUGUGGAGUAUUAUUAAUAUUAACAAAAGACUUGAUGCAAGUGAACAGGGAAUUAGUAAACUAAUGACGUUGUUACAAGAUGUAAUUAAAAGCGAAGAUAAAUCUGACGUGACUAAACGGAAACGGAGUAAAAAAAAUAAAAGUUCUAGUGAUAAUAGAUCUAAAAAAACUAAUGAAAUUGAAAUGAAAAAUUUAAAUAUGAGUGAACAUUCAUCAACUUCAAGCAAAACUAAUGAUAAUCAGUCAAUUAAUUCUAAAACUGAAAAUCAACCAUCGCUCGCAAGAAUACUUUCUGGUUCGUUAACUUCCGCUUACAUGGUGGCAGCACAUGAAGAAAAGAAUAAUCCAACAGUUCCGCGUGAAAAUGAUGAUAAUGAUUCAAUAAAUUCUAAAACUGAGGAUCAACCAUCACUAGCAAGAAUACUUUCCGGUUCAUUAACUUCCGCUUACAUGGUGGCAGCACAUCAAGAAAAGAAUAAUCCACCAGUUCCGCGUGAAAAUGAUGACGAUUCAAUAAAUUCUAAAGCUGAAGAUCAACCAUCGCUCGCAAGAAUCCUUUCCGGUUCAUUAACUUCCGCUUACAUGGUCGCAGCAUAUCAAGAAAAGAAUAAUCCAACAGUUCCGCGUGAAAAUGAUGACGAUUCAAUAAAUUCUAAAGCUGAAGAUCAACCAUCGCUAGCAAGAAUCCUUUCCAGUUCAUUAACUUCCGCUUACAUGGUGGCAGCAGAUCAAGAAAAGAAGAAUCCAACAGUUCCAAGUAAAACUGAUGAUAAUGAUUCAUUAAAUUAUGAAACUGAAAAUCAACCAUCGCUAGCAAGAAUACUUUCCGGUUCAUUAACUUCCGCUUACAUGGUGGCAGCAGAUCAAGAAAAGAAGAAACCAACAGUUCCGCGUGAAAAUGAUGACGAUUCAAUAAAUUCUAAAGCUGAAAAUCAGCCAUCGCUAGCAAGAAUACUUUCCGGUUCAUUAACUUCCGCUUAUAUGGUGGCAGCAGAUCAAGAAAAGAAGAAUCCAACAGUUCCAAGUAAAACUAGUGAUAAUGACUCAAUAAAUUAUGAAACUGAAGGUCAAUUAUCGCUAACAAGAAUACUUUCCGGUUCAUUAACUUCCGCUUAUAUGGUGGCAGCAGAUCAAGAAAAGAAGAAUCCAACAGUUCCAAGUAAAACUGGUGAUAAUGAUUCUAUAAAUUAUGAAACUGAAGGUCAACCAUCGAUAGCAAGAAUACUUUCCAGUUCAUUAACUUCCGCUUACAUGGUGGCAGCAGAUAAAGAUAUGAAGCAAUCACAAUUAAGUCAACAUGGAAGUCUUGAUCUUCAUGAGCUAAAGCUCGAUGUCAAAACCUUGAAAGACGACGUAGCUCAAACUAAACAGGAUGUCAAUAAAAUUCGUCAUCAAGUAAAGCAAUUAAAAGCUGAUAAAGGAAGUUUAACAGAAACUUCUCCAUUGAUAACCAGCAAUACAUCUCUCCCUGGUUCUAAAGAACUUGACACUACCGAUAACAAUUUUAUCAUUGGAAAUAAUAAACGACAAAGCAAAUCAAUGGGAGUCAUUGGAGAUUCAAAAAAAAAUCAGAAUGAAAGUGUAAAAAAUCUGGAAUCUCGUAUCGCAGCAUUAGAACGGAAAAUAAAAGUAACAGAUGAUCCGAAAAAUAUUAAUGACUCAAAUUGUAUUGAAGAAAUUCAGCGGCUUGUUGCGAGUAUUAACGACAUUCAGAAUGAAAUCGAUAAAAUGAAACAAUCGGAUGCUAUGAAUGAUAAUGAGAAGCAAAAACACGAUAUUUUAGUUGAACAAAUAGAGCUCCUGAAAAUCCUAAAAGCAGACAAAGAGGAUCUGGAAGAUGCAUUAACAGACAAAGCGGAUACUGACGUCGUUAACAGAAAAGUUUCUUAUGAUCGUUUUCAAUCGACAUGCAAUGAUAUAACUCGCAAUGUAGAAGAUGCGAUAUCCAAAUUAACGCAACAGGAAAAAACAUGGAAACUUACACUAGAUAAUGUUCAACAAGAAAUCAACAACAAACUUGAUCGAGUUGAGUUAUCGCCAAUCGAAGAAUUUAUUACUAACCAGUUACAAGCAGUACAUGAUAAAUUGGAGGAAUUAGAAGAAGAGCGGCGUAAAAAUGAAGCAGCUGGAACUAAAAAAAUUCUUAAUGACGUAUCAUGUAUAUCUUGCAAUAAAAAUGUUACUAUGAGAAUGGAUCAAGGUCCCAUAUAUAAAAACAAUCUAAUGUCAUACAAUGGAAACAAUAAUAGUAAACCUUACAUAGCGUACAGUAUGCAUCGAAUGAAGAAACAAUUAAAACAAUUUCCCGGUAAAAACAUUAAUCAGUUCACUGCUGCAUUACAAGAGACGCGUAGGAAAAAAACACGAAGAAAUAAUUUAGUUGACAAAUCGUCAAAAGAUUAUUUUUGUAAUCGAUACUGCGGCGGAAGCCACACAAUUACGACCCCGCAACAGAGAAUUAUGAGAACGGAAAAUUAUCCGGUUGAAUGGAGCCCAGAAAUUUUAAAUCCAGAAAUAUUAAAUACACCCAGACCUAAUGUAUGUAAGCCAGAAAAAAAUGUAUGUUGCUCUGCAUUCAAUAACCAACCAGUCUUCACAUCAAUAAAUCAACAUCAGUCUUAUGAAAAGUUUGAAACAGCACAGCAACCACAAAAUCAUAAAGAACAGAAGUACAGAUCGAGUAAAAUUUCGUUAGGACGUCAAGGUUCGAAAAAAAAUCAAUCGAAGCAAAUUCUCACGGAGUCAUUAAAUUCUAAAAAUAUACUGCCGACUAUUACUGAUAAUAAAGGAGCUUUGAAAGUAAACUAGGCCGACGAAAACGCUGUAAAAAAAAAUAAUGACACCUAGAAUUUAAAAAAUGAAAAAUAUAAAACGAUAAAUAAUUGCAGCAAUAAAUAUGUGUAUCAGUUAUUAAAUUAUAAUUACAA